AUGACACGAGCAGGACGCGUCGCUAUCUGGUCUAGCGUAGUACUCAUUCUUUAUAUCCUCGCAUUUCUGUCCUACAUCCCGGUACCUUUCGUCCAUCAAGAAGUCUCGGAUCAGGUCUUACUUGUGUUGCCCUGGUGGUUGCUCGUCUCAUUUGGGUCAUACAGCCUUGGGUCUCUGGGUCACGGGCUAUACACCUUUCAAGAAUGUACAGAUGCGUAUACGGAACUGCUCACUGAAAUAACGCAGGCCAAGACUGAAUUGCGUGCGAAAGGCGUAUCUGUUGAUUAA